AUGGAUGGUCAUUCCCCAACCUGUUCGGGUUCGAGAAACGAGACGCGUCCGGAAGUGGCCCAAGAUGAGACACAGAUUAAUACUCAGCCGCCAACUAUUACUGAUCAUCGGGCGGUACGAGUCGGCGCACCCCCCUCCAUUGUUAGUUUCAGGACUACUGCCGCGGAUAUCUGCGCAAAUGUGGGUGAUAUCAAACCAUGGAUGAUAGGGUUCCUCCUUUCGGCAAAAGUCAAUGACAAUAAUAAAGGACGUACACGAGCAGCUGACAGGAUGUACAGAAAAGAAAAGAAAGCCAAAUCAACAGCCGCCUGCGCCUGCAUGGGUCCUUGGCCAAAUGGGUGGCAAGCGGCGCCCUAUCAUCUCGAAACCGAGUCAUCGCAGUGGCUGCAAACCGUACUUUUCUGGGCUCGUAGAAGGACACAGAAACGGUGCGCCCAAUUUCAUGGUUCGGUCCAUACACGGAACAUUACGGCCGGGCGGAGCGCAGGCGAGAGUUGGUGGUGCCCUCUCGCGGAUUGGACGGGUGUGGUCAUGACUCUCACUAGAAUACUACCACCACCACUACGACGACGGACUACUCACCUCAUCCAUCGCCCGAGGGGCGUUCUCCAGGCUCAAACCAUUCAGAGUGGAAAAGGCUCAGGUCCACAGCGAUUGGCUGUGUGUUUACAGAUCGAUGGAGCCCGGCCAUUUGCUUCUCCUCCGAUGAUUGGUCUCUCAGUUCAUUACGCCUCUCUGGAUCGUUUUAGUGGUGAUGAUGGGCGUGUGUGA